UUUUUUUUUUCUUUCCUCUUCUACAGUUAACUCGGAAUGGUCUCUCACUUCUUCUUCUCCCUCUAUAUAUGUAUAUCCCUCUCAAGCCGAUUGUAACAAAUCGCAAGGCUCAUUUAUUUUAGUAUGGUGCCGAGGGCGGUUGCAAGAAAGCAAGCUCUGGCAAAAAUGGAGAAGGAGCAUCUGCCACGAGGUUAUCGGUUCUAUCCGAAUGAAGAGGAGCUGCUCUCAUUCUACUUGCACAACCAGCUUGAGGGUCGAAACGCAGAACACAUACACCGAGUCAUUCCUGUCAUCGACAUUUACGAGAAAGAGCCACAGGACCUCCCCCAACUAGCGGGAGAGCUAUGCCGAGGGGAUACCGAGCAGUGGUUUUUCUUCGUGCCAAGACAGGAAAGGGAAGCAAGGGGAGGAAGGCUCAGUAGGAGCACGGCUUCAGGAUAUUGGAAGGGCACAGGGUCACCAGGUUAUGUCUACUCCUCAGAUCACCGGGUUAUCGGGUUGAGGAGGUCGAUGGUUUUCUAUUUAGGGCACGCCCAUACUGGGAGGAAAACCGAAUGGAAGAUGCAUGAGUACAAAGCUAUUCAAAGAACUUCCCACCAAGAUAUUCCCAAGUUAAGGCAUGAGUUCACAUUGUGCCGAGUUUACGUGAUUUCGGGGAGCUUCCGGGCAUUCGAGCGCCGCCCAGAGGUGGCGAUUCCCGAGGAGGCACGGCCCGUUGACGCUAGUGCAUCAGGAGGAGAAUACGGAGCAUCCAUGGACAAACCCGAAAGUUCGAGCAGGGCAGAUCCUACAAGUGGCUCGAAAGAGCCUAUGUGGGACUUGGAACAGCUGAACUUAGAUAAACUUAUAGACUUGUGGGAUUUUGACUCACCUUGA